AUACGGCUGCGUACUUCACAUUUCAACCGAACUUGACACGCGCCGCACGACUGUGUCUGACCAAUCAGAAGCCGCGGUUCUCUACUUCCGCGUUUCUGAGCUAACCAAUCACAGCGCGGAACAUCAAAGCAGCCGCGUUUCACAGCAACGGUUCAGGUUUAAAAAAACAAACAGCAGCCGGAUUUUGGGUCAUUUGGUGCUUUAGUGUGAUGAUGAUGAUGAUGAUGAUGAUGAUGAUGAUGAUGAUGAUGAAGGACAAUGUGCAUGUGAUGGGGAAAAGAUCUGAGUUUACAGCUUGAGUUUGUGAUGUUUCAGGAUUUCCUGCUUUCAAUGGAAGAAACGGAGCAACAACAUUAGACAUUAUUAUUAUUGUUGUUGUUGUUGUUGUUGUUGUUGUUGUUGUUGGGGCUAAUAAACAGUACAGCUGCUGUUUAAACACAAACUCAGAGCACAAUGAGACUGUCAGCGUUUCUGUUGAACGUUUCUACAAAGAUUGAGUUUUACUCCAGAUUCUCACCAUCUCCUCUCUCCAUCAAACAGUUCCUCGAGUUCGGAAGGGACAAUGCAUGUGAGAAAACCUCGUACAUGUUCCUGAGGAAGGAGCUGCCCGUGCGUCUGGCCAACACCAUGCGGGAGGUCAACCUGCUGCCAGACAAACUGCUGAGUCAGCCGUCCGUCAGACUGGUGCAGAAAUGGUACAUGCAGAGCUUCCUGGAGCUGCUGGAGUAUGAGAACCGGAGCCCAGACAACCCACACGCCCUGAACGACUUUCUGGAGGUUCUUAUCGAGAUCAGGAACAGACACAACGAUGUGGUUCCCACCAUGGCCCAGGGUGUGAUCGAGUACAAGGAGAAGUUCGGCUUCGACCCGUUCGUCAGCUCCAACAUUCAGUAUUUCCUCGAUCGCUUCUACACCAACCGAAUCUCCUUCCGCAUGCUCAUCAACCAGCACACUCUCCUGUUUGGUAACGACACGAAUCCUGCGCAUCCCAAACACAUCGGCAGCAUCGACCCCGCGUGUAACGUAGCCGACGUGGUUAACGAUGCGUACGAGAUGGCUAAGAUGCUGUGUGAGCAGUACUACCCCACCGCCCCGGCGCUGAAGAUCACAGAGUUUAACGCUAAAGCGCCCGACAAACCCAUCCAGGCCGUUUAUGUGCCGUCUCAUCUGUUCCACAUGCUGUUUGAGCUCUUCAAGAAUUCAAUGCGAGCCACAGUGGAACAUAAUGAAGACAAUAAAGAUGAUCUUCCACCUAUUAAGGCUAAAGUGACCUUGGGGAAGGAAGAUCUCUCUAUAAAGAUCAGUGACCGGGGUGGAGGUGUACCUCUGAGGAAGAUCGACAGGCUCUUUAAUUACACCUACUCCACUGCCCCAACACCCAGUUUAAACUCCAAACGGGUUCCACUGGCUGGAUUCGGUCACGGUUUGCCCAUCUCGAGACUCUACGCUCGAUAUUUUCAGGGAGAUUUGCAGCUUUACUCGAUGGAAGGCGUCGGCACAGACGCGGUCAUUUACCUGAAGGCUCUCUCGAGCGAGUCAUUUGAGCGGCUGCCAGUUUUUAACAAAUCAGCCUGGCGACACUAUCAGGGAGGUCCAGGGGCAGACGACUGGAGCAACCCGAGCAAAGAGCCGCGAGACACCUCCAAGUACAAGGCGAAGAGAUAAAUCCUUUCCUUUCGAGUACAAGCUCUCUCUGUCUCUCACUCUGUGUGUGUGUGUGUGUGUGUGUGUGUGUGUGUGCGUGUAUGUGUGUGUGUGUGCGUGUGUGUAUAUCCCUCAGCACACGCUCUGCACUUCCCCUCUGCUGUAUUCACCAUCACAGCGCCCCCCGGUGGUGAGAGACGAGAGUUUUUGUGCCUCCUAUAGAAGAAGCCCUCCCUUACUGUCUGUCUGCGGUGCCACAUAAUAUUGUCACGUCUCCUCGGCUCACGUUAAGAACAGAAACGUAACGUAAACGAGGGAAGUGUUUCACGAACAGCAUUUCAGUGUCUGACGGUAGACAAUAUCAGUCAGCUCUCAUAAGCUUUCCACACAGCCUUGAUGAAUCGUAGACGAUUAUUAGAGACAGAAGAUUUUUAAGGUCUAAGGCACAGGAGUAGAUCCUUCAAGGGCCGAUUCAGUAAAAUAUUCAGAAUCCAGUUCGACUGAACUCGUUAAAGCGUUAUUAACGAAAAAAUUAUUUAUUAGAGUGCAAUUUCAAGGGACGUGCAAAUAAAGCUGUGACUGCCAUUUAAAAAAGGUUCCAGGGUAUUAAAAAUAAAAACAAAUUAGCUUCCUGUGAUUAAUUACGUAUAGAAUAGUGAUUUUAGACAUUGUUAUGAUUCCAGUUUCAGAGAUUUACACCACAAACAGCCACUGAAGCAUGAGAAAUGAUUCCAAAACCACUACCAACUCGCCAGUAUGAACAACGCAGCACUGUGAAGCUCCAGAUUAAUAAGUUUAUUAAUAAUAAAUAAUAAAACACUUAUGUGUGUGGAAAGUGGCAGAAAAAGAGAUCUGAAACCAAUCGGGUAUUUUUUUUAAAUCUUUAUUUUAAAGCCUCAGACUCUCAGCUUUAGUUUUGCAAUUUAUUUUAAUCAGGUUCGCCACUAGCAAUUUUGGGCCCUAUGAAAGAUAAUGAGACUGGACCCCCUACCCCUACUGGGCCCCCCACCACACCCAUUUCAUACCAAACAUACUGUACAUGCCUCUGGGGGCCCCAAAAGUGCAUGGGCCCUUAGAAUCGUCCUAACGUUUCCCCCCUUAACGGCGCCCCUGAUUUUAAUCAACCUGCCGAUUUUCUUCCCGUUAGCGUUAUAAAUCAGCUGCUAGUUUCCUUUAUGCAAAUAUCCAGUAAUUACAUUCGGGGUUGUUUAUUGGGAGCAGCUGAUUUUUCAGCUUUUAAAACUCCUCCCUGUUUGUGACCCGAUUAAAGGGUUAAUGGUGUUAUUUAAUACAAAUUCAUUCAUUAGAAUAUGACGUUAUAUUCCUCUGAUUAGCGGAAACCAGCACGUAUGUAGCAAAUCAUUCUUAUUAUAUUUCUGUGCAUUUAUACCGGUAAAUUCUCCAAUCUGAUUGGUCGGAAGGUGUUGAUUCGAUGAUGUAGCAUCAACGGGUCUACAUUAACACGCUCGUCGUAACACGUAACGUCGUUCCUAUAGCUUUAAAGACAACAAUUUUACGCUUCUUUACGGUUUCUCCUUAACAAUAUAUAUAAUAUAUUAGAUUCUAUGUUAUAUUUUAUUAUAGCUGCUAGAAUAAGUGAACUAGCAUGUUUCGUGAUCAUGUAACUAUAAACAGAAUAAAAAGUAGUACAUGUUGUAUAACGAGUAAUAAAGUGUCAUGGCUUGACUUCCGCUGAGGUUUAAGAGGAAUAAAACACUCGCAGGAAGCGAAUCAACGUCAGGCUGCUCACAGAAAAGCCACGUGAUCGAUUAUUUUCCUGUAACGGCAUUUAAAAUCCUCGAAACAUUCCCACUGCUUUUCCAGCUCUAGGCUCCACGUGUUUCUCCGAGUCGUUGUGGUUCCUGUUAAUUACAUCGAAGCAAAAAAUCUGAAAAGAAACGAUUGACCUGAUGUUCUGCCUUUGUUGUGUUCUUGUGGUUUAUAGUGAUUUAUUGUUUAUUCCAUCAUCCAAUGUGACCAGUUCAGACUUUAAUAAAACUGUCUCGACA